GCCGGGCGGGGGGCGCGGCCACAGCCCCGCCCCGCGCCGCCCCGCGCCGCCCCGCAGCGCGAUGUGAGCCCGGGCUCGGCAGCGCCCGCCGCCCCGCGCCCCGGGAAGAUGCUGAGCAGGUGGAUGAGUGGCAGCAGCAGGAACCUGGACCGCGAGUACAACUGCACCGUGCGGCUGCUGGACGACAGCGAGUACACCUGCACCAUCCAGAGAGAUGCCAAGGGCCAGUACCUGUUCGACCUGCUGUGCCACCACCUGAACCUGCUGGAGAAGGAUUACUUCGGCAUCCGCUUUGUGGACCCCGACAAGCAAAGGCACUGGCUGGAGUUCACCAAGUCGGUUGUGAAGCAGAUGCGGGCCCAGCCCCCCUUCACCAUGUGCUUCCGAGUCAAGUUCUACCCCACGGACCCAGCGGCGCUGAAGGAAGAGAUCACCAGGUACCUGGUGUUCCUGCAGAUCAAGAGGGAUCUGUACCACGGCCGGCUGCUGUGCAAGACGUCGGACGCGGCGCUGCUGGCUGCCUACAUCCUGCAGGCUGAGAUUGGGGACUACGACCCGGGGAAGCACCCAGAGGGCUACAGCUCCAAGUUCCAGUUCUUCCCCAAGCACUCGGAGAAGCUGGAGAGGAAAAUCGCAGAGAUCCACAAGUCAGAGCUGAGUGGGCAGACUCCGGCCACUUCGGAGCUGAACUUCCUCAGGAAAGCACAGACUCUGGAGACCUACGGGGUCGACCCACACCCGUGCAAGGACGUGUCCGGCAACGCCGCCUUCCUGGCCUUCACCCCCUUCGGCUUCGUCGUGCUGCAGGGCAACAAGAGGGUGCACUUCAUCAAGUGGAACGAGGUGACCAAGAUGAAAUUCGAGGGGAAGACUUUCUAUCUGUACGUAAGCCAGAAGGAGGAGAAGAAAAUUGUUCUCACCUAUUUUGCCCCGACACCAGAAGCCUGCAAACACCUCUGGAAGUGUGGGAUCGAGAACCAGGCUUUCUACAAGUUGGAGAAGUCGAGCCAGGUGCGGACGGUGUCCAGCAGCAACCUGUUCUUCAAGGGGAGCCGCUUCCGCUACAGCGGCCGCGUCGCCAAGGAGGUGAUGGAGUCCAGCGCCAAGAUCAAGAGGGAGCCCCCCGAGAUCCACCGGGCCGGGCUGGUGCCCAGCAGGAGCUGCCCCUCCAUCACGCACGGCCCCAGGCUGAGCAGCGUGCCCCGCACCCGGCGGAGAGCCGUCCACAUCUCCAUCAUGGAAGGCCUGGAGUCCCUCCGUGACAGCGCCCACUCGACCCCGGUGCGCUCGGCUUCCCACGGCGACGCCUUUGCGGGCCCGGGGCGCAGCGGCCGCGCCGAGAGCAGCGAGCGGGUGGCCGUGAUCGCGGACGAGAGCUACAGCCCCGCCGACAGCGUGCUGCCCACGCCCGUGGCCGAGCACAGCCUGGAGCUGAUGCUGCUGUCGCGCCAGGCCAACGGCGCCCCGUGCAGCAUCGAGGAGGAGAAGGAGUCGGAGGCGGGCACGCCGGCGGCAGAGGCGGAGGGCGAGCUGCGGGCGCUGUGCCCGGGCGCCGCCGGCCUGGGGCCCGCACAGGCCCAACAGGUGAAUAAGUUUCUUUUAAGUGUCCUCCGUUUGCUCCUUGUGACAGUUGGACUCCUCUUUGUUUUGCUCCUCCUCCUGAUCGUCCUUACCGAGUCCGACCUUGACACUGCCUUUUUCCGUGAUAUCCGCCAGACCCCAGAGUUCGAGCAGUUCCAUUACCAAUACUUUUGUCCCCUCAGGCGAUGGUUUGCCUGCAAGCUCCGCGCCGUGGUAAACCUGCUCAUUGACACCUGAAGGCAGGAGCCACCGCGGGGGCCUGGACCUGCCGCCGGCACUCACUAACCCUCCCCUCCCGACCCGGGCCCGGCCGGCCGAGGAGGCGGCUUUCCGGGAGGAAGAGGAGGGUGGGCGCAGCCCCCGGAGCCCCCUCCUCCCCGUGCUCCCAGCCCCGGAGCCCGCACGGCACCUCCCGUCCCGACCCCACGCUCACGACUGGGGAAGCACCGAGCAGAGGGGAAUUCUUUGCUCUGCCAGCCCGGCCGCGGCUGGCGGGGCCGUUCGCAGGAGCUUUAGCAAUGGUGCUACUGAGGUUUCAUUUAACACUCGUGUACUGUUUCGGUAUUCAAUCCGCACUGUGCCCGCCGCCCCCGCCCUCCACGAAGCGCUUGGCAGAGCCCUCCCUGCCCGCCGGAGCCUCCCAGGAGGUGACCGAGCUCUGGGGGCGCCCCGUGCCCUCUCCCCGCAGCGCAGCGCAGCGCAGCCAUCCGGAGCCCUCGCCCUGCUGCGGACUCGGCCCUUCGCCACUCUUUCAAGCCUUGAAGCAUCGGUGCUCCCGAGGGCAGGGGAGCAUGGAAGCCAGGGGACGCAAACCUGGCGUGGAGCUCUAGUGACUGUGUCAGAUUUAUUGGGAUCACCUUUACCCUCCGCCAGUUGUACCUGUUUUGUAAAAAAACCAAGCAAAAAGAACACAAAAAAAAAAACAAAACAAAAAAAAAGAGAGACAUUUCAAGGUCUAUUUUAACAAGGAAAUGCUAUUUUGUUAUCAGAUCUAAUCCAGUCUUUUUUUAUUUUACGGACGGGGUGACCGUGGGUGCCGGUACCGAGCGGUUCCCUGUGAGCAAUGGUUUAAGAGCAAAGGCCGGGACCCCAAGGCCAGCCGAGCCCUGCUGGGUUUGGGACACAGAAGGAGCUCUGCUUUUGGGACUCUUCCCAAGAGGACACGAGUUCAGAAGCGCAGGUGACACUGAAGAAGCCAACGGACACCUUUAGCCCCGACCAUCGUUGAUUGCAAGUCAAUAAACCCAACUCAUCGUGAGGACCCCCAGACUGGAGCAGCAGCCCAUCCACAGGGAGCAAUAACAGCCAGUUCUGGUUAGGUUGGGGUGACAAGUCGGACACAUCAGCAAAAAAAAAAAAAAAAAAAAAAAAAAAAAAAAAAAAAGAA